CCACUGGGGGCCUGGCCCUGGCAGGUCAGUCUGCAGUAUGAGAACCGCCACGUCUGCGGGGCGACCCUCAUCAACUCGGAGUGGGUGCUCAGCGCUGCACAUUGCUUUCCCAACCCUGCUCCCAGCCCCCAUGACGCUGCAGCAGCUGCAGGUGCCCCUGAUCGACCCACUGCCCUGUGACGCCCUUUAUCGGCACCGGAGCUCCAUGCGGGAGAUCCAGGACGACAUGGUGUGUGCCGGCUAUGCCGAGGGACAGAGAGACGCCUGCCAGGGCGAUUCAGGGGGCCCCCUCGUCUGCCAGAAGGCUGGGCUGUGGUUUGUGACCGGCGUCAUCAGCUGGGGCGAGGGCUGCGCCCUCCCCAACCGCCCUGGGGUCUACAUCCGGGUCAGCGCCUACCUGGACUGGAUUGGGCAGCACGUGCCCAACGCCACCUUCGGGGUGGUCAAUAUCACCUCCUACAGCCUGCCCGGGGGCGUGCCCCCCAGCCCUGCCCCCACUGUCCUCCUUCUAGCCACCUGGCUGCUCAGCAUUCUCUGAAGCCCCGCCCCUUUUCAGCUAAAGCCACGCCCACCCGGAUAGGCUAGGCCCCAAGGGGAGAGGGCCAUGGAACAGCUCUCCAGUGACUCCGCCCCCUUCCAGCCACACCCACCGAGCCACGACUGUGCCAUGGAAUCCCCUCCGCCCCGUGGACUCUCCCUUGUGGCCAAUGGGUGCGUCCUGCCUAUCCCAUGUCAAGUGACUCCGCCCCCUUCUGGCCACACCCACCCAGGCACAAGCCCUGCCCCUGUGGUGGAAAAGGACUGUGGCUUCCCCGUGACAUGGGUGGUCACAGCCACCAGGCUUCGGCCUGCCAGAAAUAUUCUCCUCCAUGGGACCAAGCAUGGGGCUGAGCCGGGGC